UGCUUUAGUAUGACAAAGCUGCUAUCAAGUUUUAGCCUCAGGCUGCCAAAAUCUGAGCCUGGAACUUGCCCAGAUAGGUGUUAAGCAACAUGGGAAGUGAAGACUGAAGUUCCAUCAUGAUCGGAGGCUUGUUCAUUUAUAAUCACAAGGGAGAGGUUUUAAUCUCUCGUGUCUACCGGGAUGACAUCGGGCGCAAUGCUGUGGACGCCUUCCGCGUCAAUGUCAUCCACGCACGGCAGCAGGUGCGCUCGCCUGUCACCAACAUCGCCCGCACAAGUUUCUUCCAUGUCAAACGCUCCAACAUCUGGCUGGCUGCUGUCACCAAGCAGAAUGUCAAUGCUGCCAUGGUAUUCGAGUUUCUUUACAAGAUGUGUGACGUGAUGACUGCCUACUUCGGGAAGAUCAGUGAGGAGAACAUAAAGAACAACUUUGUGCUGAUCUAUGAGCUGCUGGAUGAAAUCCUGGACUUUGGCUAUCCUCAGAACUCUGAAACAGGGGCCCUGAAGACUUUCAUCACUCAGCAAGGCAUCAAGAGUCAGACCAAGGAAGAGCAGUCCCAGAUCACUAGCCAGGUGACUGGACAGAUUGGAUGGAGACGUGAAGGAAUCAAAUACCGUCGUAAUGAACUCUUUCUUGAUGUGCUGGAGAGUGUGAAUCUCUUAAUGUCCCCACAGGGUCAGGUUUUGAGUGCCCAUGUCUCAGGCAGAGUGGUGAUGAAGAGUUAUCUGAGUGGAAUGCCAGAGUGCAAGUUUGGCAUGAAUGACAAGAUUGUCAUUGAAAAACAGGGCAAAGGGACUGCGGAUGAAACGGGGAAAAGCGGCAAACAGUCAAUUGCCAUUGAUGACUGCACUUUCCACCAGUGUGUGAGGCUCAGCAAGUUUGAUUCUGAGAGGAGCAUCAGCUUCAUUCCACCAGAUGGAGAAUUUGAGCUCAUGAGAUACCGAACCACAAAAGACAUUAUCCUUCCCUUCCGUGUGAUCCCACUGGUGCGGGAGGUGGGCCGGACCAAGCUGGAAGUGAAGGUGGUGAUCAAAUCAAAUUUCAAACCUUCCUUGCUGGCCCAGAAGAUAGAGGUCCGGAUCCCAACACCCCUCAAUACCAGUGGAGUGCAAGUCAUCUGCAUGAAAGGGAAGGCAAAGUACAAGGCCAGUGAGAAUGCCAUUGUCUGGAAGAUAAAACGUAUGGCUGGAAUGAAGGAAUCCCAGAUCAGUGCAGAGAUUGAACUGCUGCCCACCAAUGACAAGAAGAAGUGGGCUCGGCCUCCCAUCUCCAUGAACUUUGAGGUCCCAUUUGCACCCUCUGGGCUGAAGGUGCGCUACCUGAAAGUCUUUGAGCCAAAGCUGAACUACAGUGACCAUGAUGUGAUAAAAUGGGUGAGGUACAUUGGCAGGAGUGGGAUCUACGAGACCAGAUGCUAGCCCCAGCAGGCUGGCGGGCUCCCUCUUCUCCAAGCCAUGCUCUGCCUCUCCUCGGUCUUCAACUACAUUCAGAGAUGUCUGCCUGGCCCCUCGACGCAGAUUGAAAGACCCUGUGGCUCACCCCGGGAGUGGACUCGCCUGCCUGUGUUCAGUUUCCACCCACGCUGCAGAUGAAGUUCAGAACCCAGUCACGUGCAGGGGUGCAGUCAGCCUCCUGCUCCCCGUCCCAGGGUGGGCAAGGGCUAGUCUAACUCCCAUCCUCUCGUGAUCUUUCUAGGGAACGUCCACCAUUAAACUCCUCUUCUGUUGGUGUCUCA